UUGACGAAGGGAUACACCGACGACCCAAAUACACUCAGUGGUCCCCAGUCACCUACUAUUAGAGAGACUUUUGGCUUUUCCUCUGCUGGGAGACGCUUUGUAAAAGUCCUCCAUGAUGCUUGGAGCAGUUAAAAUGGAAGGACACGAACACACCGACUGGAGCACCUACUACGGAGAGCCUGAGUGUUACACCUCGGUUGGCAACAUGAACACGGGCCUGGGAAUGAACUCUAUGAAUACCUACAUGAGCAUGUCCGGCAUGAACACCACUGCCAACAUGACGGCCAACUCCAUGAACAUGUCAUACGUCAAUACGGGCAUGAGUCCCUCCAUGACCGGCAUGUCACCGGGCACCGGAGCCAUGAACGGCAUGGGCGCCGGCAUGACGGCCAUGAGCGCUGCUCUGAGCCCCAGUAUGAGUCCCAUGACCGCGCAGCCCGCAUCUAUGAACGCGCUGACAUCUUACACCAACAUGAACGCCAUGAGCCCCAUUUACGGACAGUCUAACAUCAACAGGUCCAGAGACCCUAAGACCUACCGCAGGAGCUACACGCACGCUAAGCCCCCAUAUUCUUACAUUUCCCUCAUCACCAUGGCCAUCCAGCAGUCUCCCAGCAAGAUGCUGACACUGGCCGAGAUUUACCAGUGGAUAAUGGACCUCUUCCCUUUUUACAGACAGAACCAGCAGCGCUGGCAGAACUCCAUUCGCCACUCUUUGUCGUUCAAUGACUGUUUCCUCAAAGUGCCCAGGUCGCCGGAUAAACCAGGGAAAGGUUCCUUUUGGACUCUCCACCCGGACUCCGGGAACAUGUUUGAGAACGGCUGCUACCUGAGGAGGCAGAAGCGCUUCAAGUGCGAUAAGAAGGCCAUGAAGGAUUCCGGCCGCAAAGGGGGAGACGGCGGCUCCUCCAACAGCAGCUCGGAGAGCUGCAACGGAAACGAGUCCCCGCACUCCAACCACUCCUCCAGCGACCACAAAAGGUCCCUAUCGGACAUGAAGACGAGCCAGGCGCUGAGCCCGGAGCAUGCCGCCGCCUCCCCGGUGUCACAGGGGCAGCACCUCAUGUCUCAGCAUCACUCCGUCCUUGCGCACGAAGCGCACCUGAAGCCGGAGCACCACUACUCCUUCAAUCACCCCUUCUCCAUAAAUAACCUCAUGUCCUCGGAGCAGCAGCAUCACAAAAUGGACCUAAAGACUUAUGAGCAGGUGAUGCAUUACUCUGGCUAUGGCUCCCCCAUGGCCGGGGCUCUUUCCAUGGGCUCCAUGGCGGGGAAAGCCGGUCUGGAUUCUUCAUCCAUACCUGACACAACUUACUAUCAAGGCGUGUAUUCCAGGCCAAUCAUGAACUCCUCAUAAACCCUUUACCCCUCAAUCCGAUGUGGACUUUCUUCUCCUUCGAUUUGUACAUUUGUAAAAAAAAAAAAAAAAAUAGAGUUUGUGUACAAUAUGUAUUUCAGAUAUUUUUGACGUUUCCCACCGUUUUAGUUGUCGAGUUUGUUGGUAGCCUAAUUAUUUUGAGAGAGGAUGUUGAUGAAAAUACUUAAAAGUAAUGAUAAUGUGAUGAGAUCUGUUCAGAAGUCGGCUUCAGGAAUGGACCCCAAAGACAAACAACUUGCUGUAAAAUAGCCUACAUCUGCAUAACUGGAUUCCUAAAUGAAUUUAAAUGCCUCGCAGGAUUUCUUCAAUCAUUUGUGUAAUUCCUAUUUAUGG